CUGGCGAGGCCCCGCUGGACAGUCGCGCCCCGCAGACCCGGGCCGGAGCCAGCACCACCAUGGCCGGGAGAAGGCACCGCUGCCGCGCGAGGCCCCGCAGGCCGUGCGUCUCCCGCUCCGCGCGGGCCGAGCUGCAGUUCCCCGUGAGCCGCGUGGACCGGCUGCUGCGCGAGGGCCACUACGCGCCCCGCCUCCGCUCCGCCACGCCCGUGUUCCUGGCCGGCGUGCUCGAGUACCUGACCGCCAACAUCCUGGAGCUGGCGAGCAAGGAGGCGCAGAGCCACCGCAGGAUGCGCAUCACGCCGGAGCACGUGCAGAGGGCGAUGGACAAGGACCAGCAGCUCAGCCUCCUCUUUGAAAAGGACACCCCGCUGGAGGUGUCCCCGCACCUCGGGGAGGGGGUGCCCCAGUGAACGCUCGUCCCCGAGCCGGAUCAGCCUCAUCUCGUGCCCUCCUGACCCACAGAUGAGGGGGCCUGGGCUUCUGUGGUUAACACACCCUAUUAAAGUGUUUAAAAACA